UAGAACAGUCAAUGUAAUAUAAAGUACACUCAAAUCAGCGUGAGUUCAUUAGUCUGAUGGCCUGAUGGAAGAGGCUGUCCCAGAGUCUGUUGGUCCUGGCUUUUAUGCUGUGGUACUGCUUCCCGGAUGGUAGCAAUUGGAAUAGAUUGUGGUUGGGAUGGCUUAGGUCCCCAAUGAUCCUGCAGGCCCUUUUUACACAUCUCCUUGUAAAUGUCCUGAAUAAUGGGAAGUUCACAUCUAUAGAUGCGCUGGGCUGUCCGCACCACUCUCUGCAGGGUCCUGUAAUUGAGGGAGGUACAGUUCCCAUACCUGGCAGUGAUGCAGCCAGUCAAGAUGAUCUCAAUUGUGCCCCUGUAGAAAGUUCGUAGCAUUUAGGGGCCUAUACCAAACUCCCUCAACCAUCUGAGGUGAAAGAGGUGCUGUUGUGCCUUUUUCACCACACAGCUGGUGUUUACAGACCAUGUGAGGUCCUCGGUGAUGUGGAUGCUGAAGAACUUGAAGCUGUUUACCCUCUCAAUCCUAGAUCCAUUGAUGUCUAAAGGGGUUAGCCUGUCUCCAUUCCUCCUGUAAUCUACAAUCAGUCCUUUGUUUUUGCGACAUUGAGGGAGAGGUUGUUUUCUUGACACCACUGUGUCAGAGUGAUGACUUAUUCCCUGUAGACCACCUCAUUAUUGUUUGAGAUAAUGCCAAACAAUGUAGUGUCCUCAUCAAAUUUAAUUAUCAGAUUGGAGCUGUGGGUGGUGACACAGUCAUAGGUAUCCAGAGAGUAAAGGUGGGGACUCCGUACACAGCCCUGAGGGCUCCUGUAUUGAGAGUCAAAGGGUUGGAGGUGAGGGUGCCCACUCUUACAACCUGCUGGCGAUCUGACAGGAAGUCCAGGAUCCAGCUGUACAAGGCAGGGUCAGGCCAAGGUCUCUGAGCCUCUUGUUGAGCCUGGAUGGAAUUAUGGUGUGAAUGCUGAAAGCAUUCAAGAACAGCAUUCUCACAUAAGCGUCCUUCGAAUAUCGAAGAUCAAACCCAGAGUCCAGUUGCAUUCAGUUCAGCGUCAUGCCACUGGCCCACUGCAGGCCACAGGUCAUUCUUCACCCCAGUUCACAUCAAUUCACUCAAAAACAGUGAAAGGAAGAGUAACCAGGAUCCAGAAAUACAUGUAACAUGAACUUCAAAAGACUCCAAAAUGAGCCCACAGCCUCGCUGAUGAAUCUGUGCAAUGUUAUGUUGCAAUCAUUGCACAGUGCACUGAGGUAGUACAAGAUAAAACAGUAAGCAAAUGCAGAAUGAAGUGUAACAGUUACAUAGAGAGUGCAGUGCGGGUCAGCAAGGUGCAAGAUCAUAACGAGGUACAAUGAGAAGUCAAGAGUCCAUCUUGUACUAGGGAACCAUGCAACAGCUGGGUAGAAUCUGUCCCUUAGACUAAUGGUACAUGUUUUCAGGCUGUCCUGCCUGAUGGGAGAGGGGAGAAGAAUGUCCGGAGGGGGUAGAGUCUUUAAUUAUGAGGGUGCCUUUACUGGGGCAGCAGUAAGGUGUGGCCAGAUUCUAUGGAGUGGAGGCUGGUUUCUGUGAUGUGCUGGGCUGUGUCCACAGCUUUCUGCGGUUUCGUGUGGUCAUGGAUAGAGUGUUUGCAGUAUCGCGUGGUGUUGCAUCUGGGUUGGUUGUUUUCCAUGGUGCACUGAUAAAAGUUGAUCGGGGGUCAAUGGUCACAAGCCAAAUUCUUUUAGCCUCCUGAGGGAGUAGAGUGAUUAGUGAGUGUUCUAAAUACUAUCUGUGUAGUUGCCCCCCUCGCUGGCACUGGAGGUGAUAGUGUUUCUGUAUAUCUCCAGUAGUGUUACCCACAGUCCCAUUGCAGGCUGGGUGGGUAGGUUUAAUUCGGGGGGGGGGGGUGGUAUCAGGAAAGAGCAUGCCCUUGUAGGCUGCCCUGUCAUGUGGGUGUGUCACCCCAACUAGUGUCUCAGCACAGGGAGGCCAGAGCUAACCCCGCUCAUCCUGCGCUGCCUGGGAGGCUGCACUGAGUGUUGAGGGGAGAUAAGGAGGGCUGACCAGCUCUGAGGCUGAGAUCUCCUCAUGGCCUGUGCAGCUUCAUCUGGCGAACAGCCCUGGGCUCCAGGGGGCGCUACGGUCGCUGUUGGACUGAGGCUGGUGCAACUGGAGGGUUCUUCAAGUUCUCUGUGGGCUUUCAUCGAUCAGAGACUCAACAGCAGCCUGAGCAAAGAGGAUUCACACCGCUGGGAGAGGGAGAGGGUCCGGCCGGCCAGCUGGGCAGGGAGGUGGCGAAUACAGUUUAAGGUAGAGACAGGUGAGGUGUGGGAGGUAAAACAGGAUCAGGAAUGCUCAAUAAUUGAAGGGACGGGGGUUGGGGGGGGGAUCCCUAAAGGAGCAAGACUGCUUGAUCUGGAUUUAGAAGGACAGACUGUUCACUUUCCUACAGCCGAGAUCAAGUUAGAUUAGUGAGGGGGCACUGGAACCGUGUCCAACACCAGUUAGACCACCGACUGACACAGGGGACAGUUGUGGAGAGAAGGAGUCACACUGGAGAGGGUGAGGGUGGUGGUUUAUGAGGUUCUUGCCAGAUCCCGUGGGAGAGGCUGGGCUUGUCUCCCCAGGAACAGAGGAGGCGGAGGGUGCAAAGUGGUGAGGGGCUAGGGCAGAGUAAAUAGGAAGGAGCAAUUUCUGUGAGACCAAGAGCGGAGGUUUACAGGAACCUCCAGGAGGAGGGAAGAUGUUUCCCCAGUGGGUGGGAGUCUAUGACAGUUACAUAGUAGGGUGUGGUGAAGAGCACAGCAGGCUGACUGGUGGAUCGAUAUUAUUCCAUUAACAAUGAGACGAACAGAAAUUCUUUCACACAGACCUGGUAUGUGACAGCAGGCUGUUCAGCCCCUCGUGUGGUGUACAGGCAGUGACAGCUCCCAUCCAGACACUGCUGAAACAUUUGAGAUAAAGGAAAUUGCUGCGUCAUCCUGAUAAACAGACACAGUAUCUGGAGCACCAACUCAGCCACAAGCUCUGGGACUGUAGCAAGGAAGCCCGAUGCCGCGGACGGUGGUUGUCGUUGGGGCUGGUAUCAGUGGCCUCGCCGCUGCUCUUCACCUUACCAGAGCUGCUGCUGCUCCCAAGGUCUUCCUGCUGGAGGCAAGCGAUCGCACUGGCGGCUGGCUGCAGACAACACGGACGGAAGACGGGGCAAUCUUUGAGCAUGGACCCAGGGGAGUGCGACCCGCAGGAGCAAUGGGAAAGAACACACUCCAGCUGGUUUCUGAGCUUGCUCUGGACACCGAUGUUAUUCCUGUUACUUACAGUAAUAAUGCAUCAAAGAACAGAUACCUCUUCGUAGGUGGCCAGCUUUGCAAGUUACCUUCCAAUAUCAGGAGUACAUUCUACAGGCUGCCCCCCUUCUCCCAACCCCUAGCGUACAGCCUGGCCAGGGAACCAUUCGUUACACGUGGCAAGGAGACAGACGAGAGUGUGCAUCACUUCUGCACUCGAAGGUUCGGGGAGGAGAUGGCAAUCUAUGCAGUGGACAGCCUGUGUCGUGGGGUCUUUGCCGGUGACAGCCGGAAACUCAGUGCACGUUCCUGCUUCCCUGCGCAAUUCCAGGCCGAAAGGAGUUUUGGCUCUGUGAUCCUUGGGAUGUUGGCUGGAGUAGGAGUUACCAAGUGGGAUGGAGAGCAUACUGGCCUGAUGGACCGAGCUCAGCGCGAAGGCUGGACACAGUGGACCCUGAAGGGCGGCAUGCAGACUCUGCCAGAAGCCAUGGAGGCUACUUUACGCAAGAGAGGUGUGGAGAUCCACCUGCAUACACCCGUCACCCAUCUUCAACCCACUGAGGAUGGGGCCUGUCAGGUGCUGAUGGAUGGAGGGAGCCUGACUGCAGACCAUGUUUUCUCCUCGGUUCCCGCUCGAGUCCUCAGUAGCCUGCUCCCCCCAGUCUGGCAACCGCUGGCAAAGACUCUGAAAGCCAUUGGGAGUGUGUCGGUGGCUGUGGUGAACAUGGAGUAUGAGGGUCUGGUGCUGCCUGUGUCGGGAUUUGGACAUCUGGUUCCCUCGGGAGAGUGUAGCGAGAUCCUGGGUGUUGUUUACGACUCCUGCAGCUUCCCCCAGCAAGACCAAUCAGGGUCGCAGACCACCAGACUGACGGUGAUGAUGGGUGGAUCCUGGUUCACAGAGGCCUUCGGAGAUCCGUGGAGUGUGGCUGAGGAUCAGCUGCUACAGCGUGCAGUGCAGGCAGUGCAGGAGCAGCUGGGGAUUGUAGCACAGCCACUGAGGACCAUCGUCAGAGUACAGCAGGACUGUAUCCCACAAUAUGAAAUUGGACACUGGAAGCUCUUAGGUCUGAUCUCCCUGCAGCCAUGUCUCCGUUAUCCCAACAACAUCAUAGUUACCCAUUCGCACCUGGGCUUCAAGCUCAUGGCCUUAUUUCUGACACUUCGUGCAUUCAGGUAUAGAAUUUUUAACCCAUUUCUCCUCUCUCUGUUUGAAUCGCUGCCUAUUGUGCUUAACCCAGCUCCCCGAACUCCCAUCGGGCUAUGCGCCCCUAGAAUUUUGUUGUCCUUCCUAAAUUUACUUAUUCUUUCAACACAUUUAACUCCAUGUCGAAUCUUUGUGGGUGGAGAUAAGAACUACAAAAGUGAAAAAACAUCAUGGGAAUCAUCUAUAGGCUUCCAAAUAGCAAAAAUGUGGAGAUGAGAUUGCAAAAUGAACUGGAAAAGACAUUAAUAAGGGUAACGACGCAAUUGUAUGGGGGACUUCAAAAUGCAAGGGAAUUGGGAAAAUCAGAUUGGUUUUGGAUUGCAAGAGGGGGAAUUUGUUGAAUACCUGCAAGAUUUUUUUUAGAGUAGAUUGUGUUUGAUCUUACUCAGGGCAAGGCUAUGUUAGAUUGGGUGUUGUGCGAUAAAAUCCAGAUUUUAUUAGGGAGCUUAAGGUAAGGGAACCAUUGAUCAUAAUAUGAUUGAAUUCAUAUUGCAGUUUGAGAGGAAGAAGCAUAAUUCACAUGUAUCAGAAUCGCAAUGGAAUAAAGGGAAUUACAGAGGCAUGAGAGAGGAGCUUGUCCAGGUGGAUCGGAGGAGGAUACUGGUGGGGAUGGCGGCAGAGCAGAGAUGGCAGAAGAUUCUGGGAAUAGUUCACAAGGUUCAGGACAGAUAUAUCCCACAGAAGAAGUUGUUAGAUGGUAGGGGGAGGCAACUGUGGCUGACAAGGGAGGUUAAGGACUGCAUUAAAGCCAAGGAAAGGAUAUAUAACGUAGCAAAAGUAAUUAAGUUGGAUGGUAAGGAACUUUUAAAAAUACAACAAAAGGUAACUAAAAAAGAACCCAUGAGAAGGAAAAAAAUUAAAUAUGAAUGCAAACUAGCCAAUAAUAUAAAUCAAGAUACCAAAAGUUUUUUCAGUUAUGUAUUGGACCACUGGAAAGUGAUGCUGGUGGUAGAAAUGGGGAACAAAGAAAUGGCAGAUGCAUCUGCCUUCACUGUGGAAGAUACUAGCAGUGUGCCAGAGGUCUGUGAGUGUCAGGAAGCAGGAGUGAGUGCCAUUGAUAUUACAAAGGAAAAAGUGUUAGGCAAACUGAAAAUCUUAAGGUGAUUAAGUCACUUGGACCAGAUGGACUACAUCCCAGAGUUCUGAAAGAAGUUGCUGAAGAGAUAGCAGAUGAUCGUUCAAGAAUCACUUGAGUUUGGUAUGGUUCUGGAGGACUGCUAAUGUCACUCCAUUCUUUAAGAAGGGAAGUAGAGAAAAGAAAGGAAAUUAUAGAUCACUUAGCUUAACCUCAGUGGUUGGUAAAUUGUUGGAGUCUUUUAUUGAGGAUGAGGUUCCGGGGUACUUGAAGGUUAAUGAUAAAAUAAAUCAAAGUCAGCAUGGUUUCUGUAAAGAGAAAUAUUGCCUGACAGAUCUGUUAGAGUUCUUCGAAGAAAUAACCAGCAGGGUGGACAAAGGAAAAGCAGUAGAUAUCAGUUACUUGAGUAGCAUUGGUGCCCCCAAUUUAACCCAUGGGUGAACAGCCAUCACCGGCCAAUAGUGUGAUACUUAAGUGUAAUAAGGCGUAAUGCCCCCCAGUACACACUUGCAACACAAAUAUCAGACAAUACACCAAAAGCGAAUAAAUAAUUGCAACUUUAUAGUUAUUUCUUAGUGAUGGGUUAGUAGAAACAGAUAACCCAAAGGCACCAAAUCUGUAAGUUCAUGAGUUUGUGCACGUAAUAUUUUAAUACAUUGGAGCUCAUGCCUCCGGUUUCAUCCACAACAACCUUCCGAGCCUUCGGCCACCGUCCGAACCGCCGAUGUCCAGUAUCCACCACCCUGAAACUGCUGUCCGCUCCACACACGUCCAUCCUCCUUGCUCUCCUCCCAAAAAAGACUGCGAACUUCCACUCAGUUUACACAUACAAGAUAGCAUAACAAUUCUCCAUUGGUUAGUUUCCCCCCCCUCCCUUAUUUGUGGUCAUAACCCAAACAUUCCAGACACAGAAACCUAUUUCAGCACUGAAUAACAUUACAGAGAAGCCAUUUUGUUAGCCUGAACAAUUAACACCACAGUUACUGGUACUGAGAGCUGUACGUUCUUCCCCACCAAAUUUAGUCAUGCCCUCAUGACACUCAGAUAAUUCGCCAGCCCUUCCUGCAGAACACACAGCCGAAUCCAAGUGCAGAAAUCAGUGACAUAACUCCCCAAAACAGUGGAGAUCAUACCCUGUUCCCCAGGUGUUACAUAGGCCAACCUAUCUGGGGGGGGGGGGCGCCUCCUUCUCUGAGACCUGCGCACCCCCUCUUCUAACUCCUCCACCUCGGACAAUACUUGAGACUCAUGGGAACUACGAGGCAAACCCUCCUGUGAAUGGUCACCCAAGCCCUUCUGCACCUCGGAACCCGCUAUCUCUCCCUCGGGCCCCACAUACUCCCCGCCAACACCCAGUGGUUCUCCCGAUGGCCCAUCACUAGCCCCCCUUACCCCGUCUAACCCAGUGGAGGAAGGGCCAGGAACCUCCUCCUCCAUCACAGGGGCAUCAGCGAAUGGCAGCAUGUUCCAAUCAUCCCAGUCACUAUCCUCCGAGUCAGUAUCCCUCACAGGGGCUGGGCCGGGGCCCGCUUCUCCCGGGGUGGGCUCUUCCUCCACCCUACGUGGAUGCAGAGUCCUGGUACGAGGUGCAGCCGGCAUCUCGGGCUCCCACUCUACUGGUACAUCUCGCCCCAGGGGCAACAGAUGAUUCCGAUGGAGAAUCUUGUCGGGCCCCUUCCCAUCCUCGGGCUGCACUUGGAAGACCAGUAAGUUGGGCAACUGACUCUCCACCACAUAGGGUGUGCCCGACCAACGAUCAACCAGCUUGUGCUUCCCAGGCAAUUUAUGAGGACUCGGUCUCUCGGCAAGAGUUGGAAGAACUUUACUUUCUGGUCAUAUCUCCUCUUAUUUCCCCGAUCCUGCUGGGCGGCCGCCUCCCCAGCCAACUCAUAAUCCCUUUGCAGCUCCUUCUUCAUAUCAGCCAUAUACUUCAAGUAAGGCUUUGGCAAUACUUCAUCCACGGCUGUCCCGAAGCAGAGGUCAAUGGGUAACCUUGCCUCGUGCCCGAACCCGAGCAGCCAGUAGCAUGAUUGCGUGUACAGUCGUAGCUGUGAACCAGAUGUCCAAUAUGUUGACUCCAUCGACUCUCUUUGCUGAUCUCCGGAGCCCCGAGCGUGUCCAGCAGGGUCUGAUUAAACCUCCCCAGAUGGGGGUCACACUGCGGGUGAUAGGGUGCAGUCCUCGAUUUCUCAAUUCCCAGCAUAUCCAGUAACUCGUAGAUGAGCUUACUGUCAGAGUCCUGUCCCUGGUCACCAUGUAUCUGCCGGGGAAGGCCAUAAUGCACAAAAUACUUCUCCCAUUGCACUCUUGCCACUGUAGUUGCCCUCUGAUCCUUGGUGGGGAACGCACAAGCAUACCUGGUGUAAUGGUCCGUGAUGACUAAGACAUUCACCGUGUUGCUGGUAUCGGGUUCCAUGGUCAGGAAAUCCAUACACACCAGGUCCAAAGGCUCUGCAAGUGUGACAAAGGAGCCUGCAUAGGCAGCGUCUUCUGGCGUAUGCAACGUAUGCAGGACUUGCAAUACUCGUUGACCUCCAAACUCAUUCGAGGCCAAUAAAACCUGUCCUUGAGCAACCCAUAGGUCUUCUCCACCCCCAAGUGUCCAGAGUCAUCGUGCAGUGACUUCAUCACAACCCUCCCAUACUUCUCAGGCAGGACCAGCUGCCAACACCGAGGUCGGUCCGGGGUGACGUUAACCAGUAUAACAUUCAGUUCUUCAACCUCAACCGAGGCCAAUCUCUCAGUAACAGAGACACUGAGCAACGUUGAGUUUUCUCCACCCGGACCACGUCCCCCUUCUCAGCUGCAUCCCAAAUAGUGCCAAUGCCAGGGUCAUCUCACUGAGCAGCUGCACUUGGAUUUUCAGAAAGCAUUUGAUAAGGUGUCACACAUGAGGCUGCUUAUCAAGAUAGAAUUCCAUGGCAUUACAGAGAAGCUACUAUAAGUCCAUAAGAUAUAGGAGCAGAAGUAGGCCAUUCGGCCCAUUGAGUCUGCUCCACCAUUCAAUCAUGGCUGAUCCAAUUUUUCCAGUCAUUCCAACUCCCCUGCCUUCUCCCCAUAUUCUUUGAUGCCCUGGCUAAUCAAGAACCUAUCCAUCUCUGCCUUAAAUACACCCAAUGACUUGGCCUCCACAGCCACACGUGGAAACAAACUCCACAGAUGUACCACCCUCUGAUUAAAGUAAUUUCUCCACAUCUCUGUUCUAAAUGGAUGUCCUUCAAUCCUGAAGUUGUGCCCUCUUGUCCUAAACUCCACUACCAUGUGAAAUAACUAAUCUGUUAAGGCCUUUCAACGUUCAGAAUGUUUCUAUGAGAUUCCCCCUCUUUCUCCUGAACUCCAGGGAGUACAGCCCAAGAGCUGCCCAAUGUUCCUCUUAUGGUAACCCUUUCAUUCCUGGAAUCAUUCUUGUGAAUACGGGCUUGGAUAGACGAAUGGCUGACAGGCGGGACACAGCAAGAAACUGCCUAGAAUCCCCCAACUGCAUAGCCCUCUAUUUUUCUAAGCUCCAUGUACCUAUCUAAGAGUCUCUUAAAAGACCCUAUUGCAUCCAUCUAUACCGCCUUCACUGGCAGUGCAUUCCACGCACCCACCACUCCGUGUGUAUAAAACUUACCCCUGACAUCCCCUCGGUACUUACUUCCAAACACCUUAAAACUAUGCUCCCUCGUGUUAGUCAUUUCAGCCCUGGGAAAAAGCCUCUGGCUAUUCACGUGAUAGCAACAACAGCAGCAAAACAAGUCCCUUUCCAGCCUUGGAUCCACCCUGCCACCCACAGCUUCUUGUUCGUCCAGUCCCGAUGAAGGCUCUUGGCCCGAUACACCGACCACUCACUCCUCUUCACAGAUGCUGCCCAACCCGCUGAUAUAAUGGUGAGAAGGCAGAUGUAUGUGGUUGAGUGGGAUCUGAGAUCAGCCGUGAUGGAGCAGCUUUGAUGGGCUGAAUAGUUUAAUUUUGUGAUCAGUUUGUCGUUGAGACUAAUAGGGAUCAGCUAUGCUGGAUUGGGUGUUAUUUAAUGAACCAGAGGUGAUUAGGGAGCUUAAGGUAAAGGAAUCCUUAGGAGCCAGUGAUCACAGUAUGAUUGAGUUCAACUUGAAAUUUGAGAGGGAGAAAGUAAAGUCUGACGUAGCAGUAUUUCAGUGGAAUAAAGGAAAUUACAGUGGUAUGAGAGGGGAAUGGUCAAAGUAAAUUGGAAGGAGAUGCUGGCAGGGAUGAAAGCAGAGCAGAAAUGUCUUUUGUUUCCUUGAAAAAUAAAGGUGCAAGAUGGAUGUAUUCCAAAAACAAAGAAAUACUCAAAUGGCAAAAUGGUUACAACCAUGGCUGACGAAGACAAUGCUCUAAAGUAAAAGCAAAGAGGGCAUACAACCAAACAAAAAUUAACAGGAAGGCGAGGAUUGGGAAGCUUUUAAAACCCUACAGAAAACAACUAAAAGAAUAUUUGGAGGGAAAAGAUGAAAACAAGUUAGCAAACAAUAUCAAAGUGAAUAGUAAAAACCUUUUCAAGUUUAAAAAAAUAAAAGAGAGAGGAGAGUGGAUAUAGGACCACUAGAAAAUGAGUCCCGAGAAAUAACAGGGAACAAAGAGAAAGCAGAUGAACCAAAUGAGAAUUUGGAGUACUUUUUAUGUUGUAUAUAAAUGAUUUAGAUUAUGGUUUAGAUGGCUUUGUUGCAAAGUUUACAGAUGAUAUGAAGAUUGGAGGGGCAGGUAAUGUUGAUGAAACAGGCUGCAGAGGGAUUUAGACAGAUUAGGAGAAUGGUCAAGAAAGUAACAAAUGAAAUACAAUGUUGGAAAAUGCAUGGUCAUGCACUUUGGCAGUAGAAAUAAAUGUGCAGACUAUUUUCUAAAUGGGGAGAAAAUCCAAAAAUCUGAGAUGCAAAGGGACUUAGGAGUCCUUGUGCAGACACUGUAAAGGUUAACUUGCAGGUUGAGUUGUUGGUGAGGAAGGCAAAUACAAUGUUAGCGUUCAUUUCAAGAGCUCUAGAAUACAAGAGCAGGGAUGUGAUGCUGAAGCUUUCUGGUGGGGCCUCACCUUGAAUAUUGUGAACAGUUUUGGGCUUCUCAUCUAAGAAAAUGUGUGCUGGCAUUGGAGAGGGUUCAGAGGAGGUUCACAUGGAUGAUUCUGAGAAUGAAAGGUUUAUCAUGUGAGGAACAUUUGAUGGCUCUGGGCCUGUACACGCUGGAAUUUAGAAGAAUAAGAGGGGAUCUCACUGAAACCUUUUGAAUAUUGGUGGUGAAUUUGUGGAAUUUGUUACCAUGGGCAGCAGUGGAGGUCAGAUCAAUGAGUCUGUUUAAGGCAGAGAUUGAUAGGUUCUUGAUUGGCCAUGGCAUCAAAGGUUAUGGGGAAAAGGCUGGGGAGGGGGAAAUGGGAUCAGCCAUAAUUGAAUGGUGGUGCAGACUAAAUGGGCCAAAUGGCAUAAUUCUACAAUGUUUUAUGGUCUAAUUUCUCCCCCAACUCUGCCAUCCCUUCACACAUACCCUACCACCCUCUCACUUUUCCACUUACAACCUCACCAUUCUUCUCUCUCUUCCUACCCCUUCCCAACCUCCCCUCUCCCUUCCCUUAUGUUCCUCUACCCCACCUCCCCUACCCACUUCUCCCUCUUCCUUCCAC